CUGUCUAGGUGUGAUGAUUCUCUACACACUCUACUCUACUAUGACACUCUACUCUUAUUUACCAGACAGCAUGUCUCAUACUCACAGUUUUCUUCCUUUCUUUGUGCUUUUGCUCGUCUUUUCCACAGAAGGCGCUCUCUUUGGAUAUUAUGUGGCUCAUUGCCAGUUUACUUCCCCUGACGGCCACGAUGCCAUGUACGUGGAGCAGUUUUACUUUAAUAAGGUGCUAGAAGGCCAAUACAACAGCAGUGUGGGGAAAGUAGUCGGUUAUACAAAGAACGGAAUAGAAUUUGCAGAUAAGCUCAACGGUGACCAGGGCUUUAUGAAACAUGAGGUAUGGAAAUCAAACCUUUGCAAAAGAAAUGUCCCACUGAUUUAUGAUGAGCUCCAGAAUUCAGUCGAGCCCUACGUUUGGCUGAGGUCUGUGGAUGCAGCAGACAGCAGACAUCCAAGCAUGCUCGUCUGCAGCGCGUACAACUUUUACCCAAAACAAAUCAAACUAACGUGGCUCAGAGACGGAAAGCAGACAACAACUGAUGUGACUUCCACCAAGGAGCUGCCAAAUGGAAACUGGCUCUACCAGAUCCAUUCCUUCUUGGAGUAUACACCCACACCUGAGGAAAAAAUCUCAUGCAUGGUGGAGCAUGCAACCCUCAUGAAGCCCCUGAUAUAUGACUGGGAACCAUCGCCUGACUCAGGGAGAGAUAAGAUUGCUGUUGGUGCAGCAGGGCUCCUGCUGGGUUUGGUGUUUUCAUUUGCUGGGCUCAUUUACUACAAGAAGAAAUCCAGUGGGCGGGUCAUGGUGUCAACAACCGAGGUUUUAUACCCCGAUGACACACUUUGAGUCGGAGCAGCCUUUUGGAUUUCACUGAGAUUUUGGUUCUGAUUAUGUAAAACGUUGUGGUCGACUUGCUUGUCCUUAAACUGCCGUCUGAGCUUUUCACAGACGCACAGAGACUCACAUCAUCCACAUUUUCUCCUCACACUGUAAACUUGAUCCAAACUCUGAAUCACAUCAGCUGAGCUUCCACCAGCAAACAGCUGUGUACUGUUUCCUGUCUGCUUCAUUUUGGAAAGAAGAAUU